AUGGAUGACGAUGCAUUAGAGGCGAAGAACUCUCCCCAGUUCAGCAAUCCUGGGACACCGAGAUCAGAAGUUGAUGUACGAAACACACCGCCACCUGGAGUACCCAUGUUACCUGUGGCGACACCUUCACAACAACAGAAGCAAGCGGUAGCGGCAGUUGCUGCAGCUGCAGCCGCAAUGGCACAACGAGCACCGCAGCAGUUACCUCAAAGCAAAUACGCUCAACUACUCGCCGUCAUUGAAGACAUGGGAAAAGACAUUCGACCAACAUAUUCAGGGAGUAAAAGCUCGGCUGAGCGAUUGAAAAGGGGUAUUGUUCAUGCGAGGAUUCUUGUUCGGGAAUGCCUUAUGGAGUGUGAAAGAAGCGCAAGGACUUGA